UUUAUGUUCGUAUUCAAAUACAAAAGCUCAAUGGACUUUUAUACAUGAUAAGAAUUCUAGAUAUUGCUAUAGCUAGCUGUACGUAAAAGAACUGGCCGGCCUACGGAUCUUUUUCUUGGGCAAAAUUCGUCUAGUUAGAAACACAAAUGAGCAUAAAAUAAUCCUAUAAUAUUUAUGUAUAUAUAUGAGGAACAUAUAUGUAGGGAUCAAUAGGUACAAUCGCAAUCAUUAAACUGCAAAAAACGCUUAAGAAAAUGAAGGUUGAAGUUGAAAUAAUCUCUAACGAGAUUAUCAAACCCUCUUCUCCAACCCCUGACCAUCUUCGCCAUUACAAGCUUUCAUUCCUCGAUCAAUUAUCUCCAAGUUGUUAUAGUCCUUUUCUUUACUUCUACUCAUUAAAUGACCACAUCAACAACGAGCCCAACCUCAUUGAAAACAUAUCCCAUACACUUAAGCAAUCUUUGUCCCAAGCCCUAACACUUUACUACCCUUUAGCUGGAAGAUUCACUAGCGAUGGUGUUUCAAUCGAUUGCAACGACGAUGGAAUUCUCUUCUGUGAAGCACGAGUGUUGAAGUGUCAAGUCUCUGAUGUUAUCAAUGAAACAAUCUCAUCAUCAUGUGAAGUCCUCAACAACCUAUGUCCUUUCAAACUCGAUGAACUCGCCGAGUUACCAUUCGGAAUCCAACUCAACAUUUUCGAAAACGGUGGAAUUGCUUUAGGUGUUUGUAUUUCUCACAGACUUGCUGACGCUUUGUCAUGCCUUGUCUUCAUCAAGAAUUGGAUGGCUAUGGCUCGUGGUGGCGUGACCGCCAUUGCUCCACCCGAAUUUUCUUCGGCUGAGCUCUUCCCUCCAAAGAAGAUAGCAUGGUAUGAUUCAAAUAGUUUCAUGUCAAAGCUUAACACACUUGUAACAAAGAGAUUUGUGUUUAAAGCUUCUGUGAUUGAUGCUCUAAGAUCAAAAUAUGAAUUGUUAUUAUUAGAACAUAAUAACACUAGAGGGCCUUCGCGUGUGGAAGCCCUAUCUUCCUUCAUAUGGAGUCGUUUCAAGGCUAUAACUAGGGUUGAAUCAGAAGAACACAAUACCAAUGUUUACACAGUUCAUCACGCUGUGAAUAUUCGUCCAAAGUUCGAUCCUCCAUUGCCGGAGCAUUAUUUCGGAAACUAUUAUCGUGCUUCGAAGACAGUUACUUCCGGGACAAGUAAUCUCGGUGUACUUGCUAAGAUGAUGGGUGAAGACGUAAGAAAGCUUGACAAGGGUUUUGUUGAGAGUCUACGAAUUAAGGGAGAGGAAUACUUGGGUUCUCUUAAACCGAGUAUUGAUGAAGUGAACCAAGUGUUGGUGGUUCCAUUAGUGUUCACUAGUUUGUGUAGGUUCCCACUUUAUGAAGCUGACUUUGGGUGGGGCAAGCCCACUUGGGUUAGCUCAGCUGCUCGUUGUUUUAAGAAUGUAGUGGGUUUUAUGGACGACAAAACUGGCCAUGGAAUAGAGGCUUACAUUUGUUUGGAGCCUCAACAAAUGGCUAAGCUUGAAGCUGACGAAGAGUUUUUGUCAUUAGUGUCUAGCUAGACCCAA